AUGGCUGAUAUUCGAAGUUUCUUCAAGAAGAAUUCGGCUCCAUCACCAUUGCCUAACAAUAAACGAGUUCGCGAACAUGUUGAUCUUGAAGAUAAUGAUGAUGAAGACGAUGAUGCUUUCAUUCCGAAAGCUGAAUCGAAACCGACUAAAAUCAAAGCCAAGGCAGUCGAUGAGAAUCUGCCAGUGGCCAAAUCUGAUAGUACAACACCAAAUAAAAAGAUGAAAACAAAGGAAGUCGAUCCACUCGAAAAGAAACGCCGUGUAGAAAAUUACAAGACAUUUAUGAACCGUGGUGGACCGGAUGCUCCUGGUUCGAAGCCAAUUCCUGAUGGCGCACCAAACUGCUUGAAGAACUUGACUUUUGUUGUGUCGGGUGUACUCGAAUCAUUAGGACGUGACGAAUGCAAAAGUUUGAUAGAAAAGUAUGGUGGUCGUAUGACAGGAUCCAUCAGUAGUAAAACAACUCAUCUUCUUGUUGGUCGUGAUGGUGGAGAAUCGAAACAAGAAAAAGCUCGAGAACUAAAAGUAAAAAUUAUAUCUGAAGAUGAUCUUCUUGAACUGAUCGCAACCCGACCAGGCGAUGAUGUUACACCAAAAAAGCAAGUCACUCCAACGUCACAGCCGCAACCGCCUCCGUCACCUGUGAAAUCCAAACCAACUAUCCUAAGCACUAGUACUGAGGUGGAGAAAGCUAAAACUAGUCUUACAACCCCACCGACACCAACAACUGAUUCACCAACGACACCAAAACUAGCAGUUGAUGAAUCGACACUAAUGUGGGCUGACAAAUACAAACCUCGUACAAUUAAAAAUCUCAUUGGGCAACAGAGUGAAAAGUCUUGCGUUCAGAAAUUAACAGUCUGGCUACGUGAUUGGUACAAACACCAUGGACGCAGUGAUGAAAAAAUCAAAGCAAAACCAUCGACUGGAUUCAAUCGUAAUGAAGAUCCAGCACUGUUCAAAGCUGCUUUACUUAGCGGUCCACCUGGCAUUGGUAAAACUACUGCAGCUCAACUUGUCUGUGAACAGCUUAAUUUCGAAUAUAUUGAAAAGAAUGCAUCGGAUCAACGUUCGAAAAAGUUAGUGGCUACUCUGUCCAGUGAUUCACAUAGUGUCGCUUCAUUCGCAACUAAAUCAACCAUGUCAAAUUGUGUUCUGAUCAUGGACGAGGUCGAUGGUGUAGCAGGUAAUGAAGAUCGUGGAGGUAUCCAAGAACUUAUUCUAUUGAUUAAACGAUCUCGUAUACCAAUCAUUUGCAUUUGUAACGAUCGACAACAUAAAAAGAUACGUUCAUUAGCUAAUUACUGUUACGAUUUACGAUUUUAUCGGCCAACAGUGCAACAAAUUCGUGGUGCGAUGUUAACCGUUCUUCAUCGAGAGAAUAUUCAUCAGAUCAAACAAGAAACUUUAGAUGAGAUCAUCAAAUCAUGCAAUCAAGACAUUCGUCAAACACUUCAUUCAUUGAAUCUUUGGGCUAUCGAAGGCGAAACGAACUCUAAAGCCGCUUCCAUGAUCGACAAAGCCGUAAAUAAUAAUCCAUUCGAAUUAUGUCGAUUAUCAUUCUCCGAUGAGUUACGUCAAAAAUCUUUAUCGGAUAAAUUAGAAAUCUUCUUCUAUGAUUACCAACUAAUGCCACUGUUAAUUCAAGAGAACUAUCUACAAUGUCUUCCAACACUAUCAAAUUCUGAUGCACAAAAACGCAAAGCAACUGAUCUUGAGCAUCUCACUUUAUUAUCCAAAGCGGCUGAGAACAUGUGUGUCGGUGAUGUAUGCUCUCAAAUGAUUUACGGAAGAAACGAAAGUUGGUCAUUACUGCCCUAUCAGGGAAUUUUCUCGACAGUUGCACCUUGUUCAUAUGUUCGUGGUCAUCUUCGUGGUAUGGUAAAUUUUUCAUCCUACUUUGGUCAACGGUCGCGUACGAAUAAAAACGAGCGAUUGUUAAAUGAAAUUGAAAAGCAUAUUUGUCUGAAGAUUGCAUCAGCAAACAAGCAACAAUUCAAUCUCGAUUAUUUACCAUAUUUAGCUCGAAUAUUCAUUCAACCUCUACAAAAACUACAACAGCAAGGUGUGGAACAAUGCAUUGCCUUGCUCGACGAAUACUAUCUGAAUCGAGACGAUUUUCAAACAAUCAUGGAAUUGAACACAUGGGGCAAAUCAGGUCGAAAUCCCUAUGAUCAACUUGAUACACAAACAAAAUCUUCGCUGACUCGUGCCUACAAUAAAACAGUUCAUCGAACGCCAUAUGCUGUGAUUGAUAUGAAAAAACUGAAAAAAGCAAAAGGAAACCUUGACGAUGACGAUGAUGACGAUGAUGAAGGUGAUGAUGGUGAUGACAACGACCGAGUCGAUGGUGAAACAGAUGAUCUUGAAGAUGAUGCAAUGAUCAAAAUAGCAAAGAAACGCGCAGCAAAACCUGUUGCUAAAAAACCUCGUGCAAAAUAA